AUGCGGACCACCCGCCUCAGCAACGUGCGCCUCAUCUUCCUGCCGCCGAACACAACCGCCUUCACGCAGCCGCUCGACCAGGGGAUAAUCGCGACCGCGAAGGCCCGCUAUCGCCAGCACUGGCUGCGUGCCUUCACGGCGCUGUGGAACGACGAUGGCGCAACAAGCGCCGUCGCCCGCUAUCGCCCCAAUCUGCGCGAUGUGCUGGGGUGGCUCUCAGACGCCUGGAUGAGUGUCGGUGCGCGCACCAUCCAGAGGUGCUUUUGGCGCACGGGCUGCAUGCCUCUGUCGUGGUCCCUGGAGCUCACCCAUGUGUAUGAUGAUGAGCCGACCCCCCUGGCGUACCCCGACAUUGAGCUCGACGACGACAUCGACGACGUCGGCGAGCUCAUUGGCGGACUCGGCCUCGGCACCGGCGCAAUGACCGCCGCCGAGUACGUCGCCAUCGACGAGGGCGAGCCGACGUGCGCGGAGGCGGCAGCGGAUGAUGCGGACGUGGGCCUGGUGGCGGAGCUAUGGAGGGCGCCUACCACGAUGCAGGCCGUGUAUGACGAAUCCGACCCAAUCGGCCGUGAAGCGCGGCGCACGGCACGGGCGGCCAGCGAGAUGCUCAUCGGCUACGCUCGCGCCGUGAGCGUGACGCCGCGCGACCUUUGCCACCUGUUCGACAUUCGUAAUCCGAUCAUCAGGGAGCGCAUGGAGCGGGCAAGCCCCGCGCUCAAUCUCAACACGGCCCCGCCGCCGCGGCUUUCGCCGACCGUAACUCCGCCGCCUGACACCCCGCGUCCGAGGGGCCGAGUGCUGCCUGGCUGGAUGACCCAGCCGUCCCGCCGUCAGCAGCUUCUGGACGCCGGGGUUAGCGCCGCGAUGGGCGGGUAUGUGGAGGCGGCAGAGUGGAUGCAUUACUUCGAGGUACCCCAGCAACAGAACAGUGUGGACUGCGGGGUCUACGUCUGUAUGUUCUCCAAGGAGCUUGUGGGCCGAGCUUUCGAAUGCCUGGAAGAAGGGAUCAAUCAUCCUCGUUACAGUGCUGCCAAAUGCAGGCGCGAAAUUCGGGGUCUGAUGUGCGAGGCUGGUGCAGGUACACUGCUGGAAUCGCUGGCAUUGAAGGGGGCCGACAUUCCCCCACAGAGUGAUCAGCACGGGGGGGACGAGAGUGAUAGCGAGGGCGGAGUUGAGGAGAUAAAGGAGCCAACCAUCCAGGAUUUGGCGGCGGAGCAGUUGUCUCAUGCUGCACAGCUGAAGGGCCUGCAUGAAGACAUGGAGUCUCUGAAAGACUCCGUUUACAGUGGAGAAAAGGGACUCGACAAAGUGAUGGGUAUGUUGUCGUCACUCUUCACGGCCGUCCAGGGGAUGGCUGCCAAGACAGGGUUCAAGCUGCCGACGGGUUUAGUGGAGGUUUUGAACAGCGACGAACCCACCACCUCUACCGCUGCAGCCCCUCCGCCCCAUCGUACGCCCGCAGCAUCAUUGGAAGCUCCAGUGAACAUGAUCGCUGUUCCCCACGCUUCCACCACCGCUCCGUCACAUGCGCGCCCAACAAUUUGCGCGACGACGCCAUGUACUGUCCAAGGCCAGGGUGCCACACCCGGUGCACACAAGUCCGAGGCGGGUCACUCGGCUCUCGCGGCCGUCCCAUCUAGCACCACGCAAGGUCAGCCGGUUUCUGCAGCAGGUGUUACUACAGCGGCAGGUGGCCUGGCAGGGAACGGUGAAGGUGCUCAGCGAGCUUCAUCGGCGCAGGCAGGUGCACCUGAUGUUGCUUUUCCAUCUGCUCGGCGGCAGGCAGAUGCCUCUGCCGGUGCUUCGACACAAGGGGUUGGACAGCCAGGUGCAGCAUCGGGUAUGCCAGGAGCGGCAUCAAGUCUGCGAGGUGCACUUCAUGCAGCAGGCAGUGUUCCUACCGUACCGACUGGUCAGACAGGUGCAGCAGCCUUCAUUCCUACCGCCUCUACGGGCCAUACAGGUGCAGCCGUGAUUUUCCCAACUGUAGCCGCAGGUCAUGCAGGUCCAGCAACCGGUGUUCCGACGGCAUCGGCCGGUCACGCAACGGCAGCAUCCGGUGUUCCGACUGGCGCCGCGGGUUUAGGGGUUUCAGCAGCCGAGGUCCAGGGUGCUCAAUGGUCGGUUGUGGCGGCAGGCACUGCAAGGGCACCUGAUGUUCAAAGGGCUUCUUCUGUAUGGUCUUCGGGGGAACAGUUCUUUGCCCCAUCUGCCUUUCACACAGGGGCGCAUAUGCAGGGUGUACGCGCACCAUCUGCGGUGGGGUUUGCGCAGAAUGCAGGCGCUAUUCAGCAGGUGGCCACCUCAUCCGCCGCUCAUUCAUGGCCGAUUGGGUUUGCACAUCAACCUCCCAGCGCGGUUUACCCCGGUACUGUACAGCCAAGCGACUUACUGCAACUGCCCUUUUCGACGCUUCGUCCCCCGCUGCAUCCUUCUGCUCCUUUCCUCGCCGCUGAUGAGGUGCUCGACGAUACCAACAGCCAACCAGGUCACACAACCGCCCCUCAGGGUCGCGGUUUAUCGAGCAUGCUCCCCGGUUUGAUGCAGGGGUCCCAACAUGUACUGCCCUCACCUGCAGCCUCCUCAUCUAUGGCGCCCGCGACCCAGGGAGGGGAGAUCGGUGAGGUGCCCGGCAAAAGGGGGUGGACGGGCGUCACAAAGAAGCUGGAUAAGGACGAGUGGAUCGCCAGGAUCGUCCUAGACCGCGCAUCUCAGUCGCUGAUCGUCAUCAACAGCCACUUUGGAACGGAGGAAGAGGCGGCAAGGUCGAUAGCCGCAGCGUCGCACGUGAUGUUCGUUGACAAGCCAACGCGUGGGGAGCUCAUUCUCUUGACCGCCGCCGACAAGGCCAAGCUCAGCGAUUGUUCUGCACACCAGUGUGAGGUGAUGGUCCGCAUGAAGUUCUGGCACAUGUGGGAGGAGUGGAGGAAGUAUUGGCCUGCAGCGAAGGCAAAGUGGGACGAGAAAACGCGCAGGGACGAAAAGAAGAGAGCUGCAUUUAACGCCAGCUUGGAGGAAGCAGAUGCUCGCGCCGACAAAAUCGCCCGAAUGCGAGCUGGUGGAAAUUCUGGGCAUGCGUAUGCAUCGCAUGAGGAGGGGUCGGGAUCUAAGGAUGGUUAG